AUGUCAAUCACAAUCCAGACUACGCAGAUCCCCCAUCUCGGGGGUAUAACAGCAAAUUACGCCUUUGCGAAUGGUUCUCAUGACCCCAGCAAGCCAACAUGCGUUCUGAUCACAGCAAUGAGCAUGAAUAUACAGCUUUUCAAAGACCAAUUCAACGACGCGAAACUCACAAAUGCCAUAAAUCUGCUCGCAAUCGAGCCUCUGGGCCACGGCGGCACAUCCUCUGCCUCUGAGCAUUUUACAUACUGGGAUUCAGCGCAGACCGCAUUGCAGGUUAUCGACAAGCUUGGGAUUCAAAAAGUAUUUGCGCUUGGGGUCAGUCAAGGUGGAUGGAUUGUCACACGGAUGGCACUCCUGGCUCCGGAGAAGAUCCUCGGACUCGUGCUCCUUGGAACAUCACUCGACUCUGAAUCACCCGAAUCUCGUGAACUAGGCUCCUGGAAUCCAGCCCAGUUGCUGACGCCAUUCUAUGAGGGUUUGUCAGCUCUAAAAGAUACACCCGAUUUCGUAAUUGACGAUGCCUGGUGUGGCGCCUUCGCUGGUGUCGGUGGUUUUGGACCAAACAUAACCCCCGAAACAGUUGAAUUCUGGACCAAGAUCUUCAAAGACACAUACAAGGGAGAUGAAGGCCGAAAAAAGGUUCGAAUGGCACUCAUCUGCCUCCUAGAGAGGGAUGGGCUUCUUCUCCGUAUCAAGGACGUUACUUGCCCGGUUCACUGGUUGCAGGGCACCGAUGAUUACAUCUUCGGGACCAAGCUUCCGGCAGAUCAUAUCACACGCUUUACUUCUGCAAAGGAGUCGGAACUGACGAUUGUACCGGGUGGUGCACAUUACCUAAACACAUCAAGUCCAGCGGAGGUCAAUGCGGCGUUGUUGGCUUUUGUGACUAAACACUAUACAUCAUGA